AACCAUAAUUUCAAACGCACCCUAAAUCAUAAAUUUGCUAACAGGUUUGAAACGACCCUUAUGUAAAUCAAUCGCUGUAGGUGCAGGUUCAUGUUCCCUGUACUUUGCCCUUUGUUCCCGAUGCAACUCAUUCACAUCCAUUCCUUUCCGAAACCCCUUUUUCGGACGGGGAUCCCCGCGAAGAUUUUUGACAGGGGGCAGAUUUUGCUCCCCCCGUCCUCGUUUCCUGCGGGGAAUGGGGAUCGCCAUUCCCGACCAAUAAUAUCAGACGGCUUCGGCAGCAGCAGCAGCAGCAAAGCAGAUGGAUUUGGCAGCAACAGGCAGAUGCAUCCAACAACAGCAGAGCAAAUGGCUUCCGUAGCAACAGAUGAUAUGGAUUCGGCAGUAGGCUUUGACAGCAGUAGCAACAAAGCAGAUGGAUCCAGCAAUAGCAAAGUAGAUGGCUUCAGUAGCAACAGAGGAGAUGGAUUCGGCAGUUGGCUUCGACAGCAACAGCAGCGAGCAGAUGUCUUCAGCAAUAGCAGUAGAGCAGAUGGAUUUGGCAAUAGCAGAGUAGAUGGCUUCCGCAGCAGCAAAGGAGAUGGAUUCAGUAGCAACAACAGCAAAGCAGAUGUCUUCGGCAAUAGCAGCAAAGCAGAUGGAUCCGGCAACAGCAGAGUAGGUGGCUUCAACAACAGCAGAGGAGAUGGAUUCAAUAGCAAGCUUCGACAGUAACAACAACGGAGGGUUAGAAAUGGGUGAGCCAUAGACCGUGAGUGAUAAGAAUUAAAAUAUAUUAGGGUUAAGGUUAAAUGUAGGGGAAUGUGUUGGGUUGGGAGUUGGGUUGGGUUGGAUAGUAUUGGGUUAAGUUUAAUUGGGUUUGGAUUGGGUUUGGAUUUGGGUUUGGGUUUGGGUUUGAGUUUAAUGAAUAAAUUAAUUUUUA